AUGACUUCUUCCAUAUUUCUCACCAUGGCAGGAUGGACUAGUGACAAGUUUCGUCUUUCCUGUAUCGACAACAAUGGCCUCAAGCGCACGCUGCUCAAAAUGCUAAUACUAGACAAUGGCACCAAGAACUCGAAUAUCGAAGCAGAACGUACCGCGACGGAGUAUCUGGUCGACCAGGGAGUGCCAACGGCCAAUGCCAACAAAUCGCUGCUCAGCUUUCUUGCAAUCAACGCGCUCGAGCUCAGUGCACCCGCCAGUCCCGUCCUGUUGGAAUGUAACGCCCCGACAGUACCUCCCGGAUGGCUACAACUUUCCGGCCAUCCCAAAAGCAUUGCCCCUAUGGCCAACGGUAUCGUGCGAAAGCGCAUUUCUGGCCCAUCCGAUACAGAGCUACUCGCCUACCGCCAGCUAAUGGUGGACCCGCACGCCCUCAAGGUCGUCCCAAAGUUUCUCGGCGUGCACCAGGUCGGUGGUGAACAUUUCAUCGAGCUGCACAACAUGCUGCACGGUUUCGUCGAACCGAACGUGAUGGACAUCAAGAUGGGCUUCCGGACGUUCACGGAAAGCGAAGUGAGCAACACCGCACUGCGGGAGGAUCUGUACAAAAAGAUGAUCGCCGUCGAUCCGAACGCACCGACCGCAGAAGAACACGCACAACAGGCGAUCACCAAGCUGCGGUACAUGCUGUUCCGCGAGAACAUGUCAUCGACACAGGAGAAAGGUUUCCGCAUCGAAGCGCUGAAGAUGCGCGGCUGCUCGCCGGUCACCGAUCUGAAGACGAUCAAGAACGAUCAUCAGAUACGGACCACGGUGGGGCACUUUGUGAACGGGCGGCGCAGUGUGGCGAAGGACAUUCUGAAGCGCUUGCGUCAGAUGCGUACGCUGAUCGAAAAGUCGGAAUUUUUCCAACACCACCAGGUGCUUGGGAGCAGCGUGUUCAUCGUGUACGACGAUCAUCAGGUCGGUGUGUGGUUGAUCGACUUUGCCAAAUCGUUACCACUGCCAGCGGGCACGAAGAUUACGCACAGACGCCGGUGGCAGAUGGGUAACUGCGAGGAGGGCCUGCUGCAUGGGUUCGAUGAGCUGAUCCGCACGAUGGAAGCCGUACAGCAGAAUGUUCACGCGUUGCGCAAUCAAUCGCGCGCGACAGACGUUUAG